UGAUUAAAAACGUGCAGCCGGCUUUAGACCGCGUAAACAUAACUAAUUUUAAGAAUUAGCUCUGAUAUACAUACGUAUUUAGCUUAAUGAGUCCUAGUAAGAUUCCUCCGCUCACCUACAAGGUCGUGGCGGAGUGCUCCGUCUCCAAGGCGAGAGCGGGAUUAAUGACUUUAAGGCACAGUGAAGUCAAUACUCCCGUUUUCAUGCCCGUGGGCACACAGGGAACCUUGAAAGGAAUCCUGCCGGACCAACUCAUCGAGCUGAACUGCCAAAUCCUGCUGGGCAAUACCUACCAUUUGGGUCUGCGACCUGGUAUAGAGACCCUCAAGAAAGCAGGUGGACUCCACAAGUUCAUGGGUUGGCCCAGGGCCAUCCUGACUGAUUCCGGUGGCUUUCAGAUGGUCUCCCUGCUGCAGCUGGCAGAGAUCGAUGAGCAUGGGGUGAACUUCCGCUCGCCAUUCGAUAAUAGCCAGUGCAUGUUGACCCCGGAGCACUCCAUUCAAAUCCAGAAUGCCAUCGGCGCAGAUAUAAUGAUGCAGCUGGAUGAUGUGGUCAAGACGACCACAACUGGUCCGCGAGUGGAGGAGGCCAUGGAGAGGACUAUCCGCUGGGUAGACCGCUGCAUCGAGGCCCACGCCCGUGAUGAUGACCAAUCGCUGUUUCCCAUUGUCCAGGGAGGUUUGGAUGUGCCCCUGCGGCAGCGUUGCGUAUCCGCCCUAAUGGAGCGGCAAGUUCGCGGCUUUGCCGUCGGCGGAUUGAGCGGUGGCGAGAGUAAGCACGACUUCUGGAGGAUGGUGGAUGUGUGCACGGGCUAUCUGCCUAAGGAUAAGCCGCGUUACCUGAUGGGUGUCGGCUUUGCAGCCGAUCUGGUGGUCUGUGUGGCCCUGGGUAUCGAUAUGUUCGACUGUGUUUUUCCCACCAGAACAGCUCGCUUUGGUUGCGCUCUGGUGGACAGUGGCCAACUAAACCUGAAGCAACCAAAGUACAAACUGGACAUGGAACCCAUCGACAAGGCUUGCGGGUGCAGUACCUGUAAGCGGUAUACCCGCUCAUAUCUCCACCACAUUGCCACCAACGAGAGUGUUUCCUGCUCCCUGCUGAGCAUCCACAAUGUGUCCUACCAGCUGCGAUUGAUGCGGGGCAUGCGGGAGGCCAUUCAGCGAGAUGAAUUCCCUCAAUUUGUGGUAGAUUUCAUGGCCAGGCACUUCAAGUCCGAACCUAUUCCGGCUUGGAUACGAGAAGCUCUGGCAGCUGUCAAUAUCCAGCUGCCCGCGGAUCCGGAAAAGGAAGUUGAAGAGGACCAGAAGCCAAAGACAGAAAAGAGACACGAGGCGGAGGAUGUGAAGAAGGAGACGGUGGCCACAAGUUAACAUUAAAAACAGUACAUUUUCAAGUUUUUACUUCCUUAAAGAGGCAUUUCCUUAAAGAGGCAUUUGUUUUUAGGAAUAGAGUUUUAAUUGGCACCUUUAAAUACCUUGAAGACAUUGGAUAUACAUAAUAUAUGUCAUGCACAUAAAUCUUAUAAGAAAAACUUAAUAGUAAGUAAGAAGAAUUCAAAAUACAGUUAAUUUUAAGUAGAAGUAUAUACAUUUGUUUCAAAUAACAUGUACUCCUCAAUUUGCAGAAGCUAAACAUAAAUAAUAAAAUUUAUACACAAAAA